AUGCGCAACAUCGGCCUUUUUCUCACUGCUACUGUCCUGGCGGUCCAGGUUGCUGGCAGCAGCUGGUUCCCCGGCCAGCGCGCAGUGUACAAUAGAUGGCAUGAAACUGAACUCCAACGAUGGCUUUCUGAUCAUGGCAUCCCGUACCCCAAGCCGGCUGACCGCAAAGAUAUUGAAGAUCUUGUUGAGAAGAACUGGAAGGAUUACGUCAUUGAACCUUACCGCAAAUGGAGCCCCUCCGAGCUGAGCGCUUUCCUUGUCGCUCGAGGCAAAGAGGCCAAAGCAGGUGCCGAUGAGAGUGUCGAGAGUUUGAUUGAAAGCGUGAAAGCCAAUUGGUACCGAUCGGAAGACGCAGCCGGCAAGGCCACCACGGAAACCAAGGACUGGAUCCUCGAGACGUGGUCCGACAGCCAGCUCAAGGCACUCUGUGAUAAACAAGGCAUUCCUGUCCCUGCUACCAGCAACCGAGAUGCUCUCAUCGCCAAAGCACGCCGCAGCUUCGAGGUCGGCUCUAAGGCGGUGGGCGAAACGCUCUCCUACCCUGGCGAUUGGCUCUACGAAUCUUGGUCAGACUCGGAUCUUAAGAAGUGGCUCGACAAGAACGGCAUUCCCGCCCCUCAGCGCUCUAACCGCAACGCCUUGGUUGCUUCCGUGCGCCGCAACUCCCACCUUGCCUAUCUCAAGGCCCAGGAGCAAGAGGCCAAGGCUAGAUCCAAGGCCAAGGCUGCCUAUGAAAAGGUCACCGACGAGGUGAUUGAUGCCUGGAGCGAGUCUGACCUGAAGAAAUUCGCCGACGAGAACGGCAUCUCCGUCCCUCAAGGUACCAAGCUCAACGAAUUCCGCGCUGCCGUCCGCCAGCACCGUGCUGAGGUCAUGGGGACCAAUGUACACGGCAAGGCUACCAAGGCUUUCGGGGCUGCUACCAGCCGGGCUAGCAACGAGUAUGCCAAGGCCAGCGAGGAUGCCACUCUAGUCGCCCAAAAGGCUUUCGAAGAUGCCUCAAGCACCUGGUCUGAGAGCCGCCUCAAGUCGUACCUAGACGCCCGCGGGAUUCCUGUUCCCCAGAACUCCAACCUUGAUAGCCUCCGCGCCCUGGUCCGGAAGCACUCGCACAAGGCUGCCUCUGGCUGGACAGCCUGGACCUUUGACGACUUUGACAAGGAGACCCUGCAAAAGUACCUCCAGAAGCAUGGUGAUAAGGCCGCCAAAAUGCUUUCGAAGAAGGCCGAUGCUACUCGGGACGAGCUUGUCAAGACCGCGCAGUCGGCCUAUGCCAAGGCCGAGAAGAAGGGCGGCGAGGAGUACGAGGCGGCCAAAAAGUACGGCGUGGAGCUUAGCAACGAGGCUAAAAACAAGGCAUUUGACGUCUGGUCCGAGUCGGAUCUUAAGGCGUACCUCGAUAGCUACGGCGUCUCUGUUCCCCAGGGUUCCAAGCUUGACGAAUUGAAGGCGCUCGCCCGCAAGCAGUGGACCUAUUUCAAGUACGGCACGACGACUCCUCACGGAACUCUUCUCGCUCAGGUCGAGGACGUACUCGCCAACGGCCUGAGCUGGCUCCAAAAGCAAAUCCGUGCUGGCUCCGACGCAGCCAAGGAGAAGGCCAGCGAGGCUGAUGCCGCAGCUCGCAAGAAAGCAGCUAAGGUCCAAGAAGAGCUGUGA